AACCCAGCUGGUCUCCCCACCCCACCCCCACCAUCUGCCAGCAAAAUGGUUCUUGAAUCUCCACUAUAAUGCAAAAUAACUUUUGAUCACUUCUGCAAGGAUUUUCGCUCUGGAAAAUUUCUGGGGUCUCCCAAGAUUUGAUCUUUUUUUAUUUCUUGGCUCCUCCGUUUAUCUUUUCCGUUUCAUUUCAUGGGUAAAGAGCAGACGAAUUGAUACAAAAGUUUAGAACACAGAGUGCGUAAGAGAGAGAAAAGGAGUAGUAAUUAUUAUUUCAGCUAGCAACACUGUGCCCUCUUCUUGGGAUUGUUUCUUGUUUGUAGCAAGUGACUGAAAUACCACAAGUAAUUUCUGUUUUCACUUUGGCAUGAAGAGACUCAGCAGUUCUGAGACGUCUGUGUGUCCCAACUCAACAGUUGAUGUGGAUGAACACAACCACCAUGGCUUGUACACGACGGAAUUUCAGCCUAUGUUGGAAGAGGAAGAGGAAUCCGGUCAAAUUUCGGAGAAGAAGAGGAGAUUGAGCGUUGACCAAGUCAAGGCUUUGGAGAAGAAUUUCGAGGUGGAUAACAAACUCGAGCCGGAGAGGAAAGUGAAGCUGGCUCAGGAGCUGGGCUUGCAGCCGCGCCAGGUGGCGGUCUGGUUCCAGAACCGCCGCGCGCGCUGGAAGACCAAGGAGCUAGAGCGGGACUACGGCCUCCUCAAAGCCAGCCACGACGCUCUCAACCGCAAAUACCAAUCUCUUCAGCGAGAGAACGAAUCCUUCAUCAAUCAGAUUCGGGAUCUGAAAUCGGAAAUGAGUGCGAGCCAGAGCGAGGGCAAAAUUGCGUUGCUGGAGGAAAAUUGCGAUCUCGAAAUCGGCGGCGGCACUGCGGCGGAGCUGAAUUUCGAGAAGAUCGGCGCGGUUUUCGCCGAUUUGAAGGACGGAUCUGAUAGCGAUUCGAGCGCGAUUGUGAACGAGGACAACAACAGCAACAGCCCGAUUGCGGCGGCGAUUUCGUCCUCCGGCGGGGUUCCGCACAGCUUCGGAUUGACGGAGGCGAGUGUUGUUGGAGAUCCGAAUGAAGCGCAGUUUGUGAAGAUCGAGGAGUAUAUUUUUUUCGGCGAGGAAUCGUGCAGCGAUUUGUUUUGCGACGAUCAACCACCCACACUUCAUUGGUACGGCAAUGAAGAGUGGAACUGAAGAUUAAAUAAAUAAAGACGAAAAAUUUCUAGCAUUAGGAAAUAAAUUUAAAGCCCUCCUUGAAAUUAAGCCGAUUCAUAUGGCAAUUUUGUAUAGGGAGUAAUAUGGAAUUAGUACAUGUGAAUUAAAAAAUUGUGGAGGUUGAGGUCUCAGCGUCUCUCUCCUGGGUCUAGACAGAACAGGGGAAGAAGAAGAAGAAGGGAGGGGGGCAACUUGUAUCGCAGAUGUUGAUUAAUUACUUAAGCGAAAUUGGAAAAAUUAAAUUGAAAUUUAAAA